AGAAGACCGUCGCUGGCAAGCCGCGUUGAGCAGUUCCAGUUGUCAGAGUUUGAAAUGCAGUUUCCAGAGAAUUUAGAAACAGUAUAGACUCUUUUACUUAUUUAUUCAUAUAACUCGUAAGGGAUAAGUAGUUGACACUAUGCGCAAGUUUUGUAAAGUCAUUAAUAACUUCAGGUUGUCGUUUUAGCCGGCAAUAGUACCGCUAGGCCGCUAAGGCUUGCAAAUUCAGACACACAGAGCUCAGCCAGCCGCUCACAACACAAGUCAAAACAGGUAAAAACAGCAGCGUGCCGAUGGCUUCCGUGUCCCACAUGGUUCUGUUCGAGGACCAGUCUGUGGAGGUGAGCUUCGCCGACGGCGCCUUCCUACAGCUCUCCCCGUGUGGUUGUGAGUUCGUCCUGGAAAGGAGAGCGCCGCCCUCGGCCCACCCGCUGGAACCGGGACCCAGAGUCCGACAGCGGAGCCGCUUCGCUACCAGCGCCCACAGAGAAUUGGUAGUUCAAGCUCUGAAAUUCAGGAACAGAUUUGCUAUGUGUCCCUACCUACCAGAGGAGCUCAUCCCUGUGGACUGCAGAAAGUACUCCUUUAUUGACAUCUCAGAAGUGGAGUGGCCUCUGCUUUCAGCUUCAGGUUCCUAUUGUACAGAUUUUGAUUCUAACGGGGAGCUGUCCAUCUGCUCAUUGGACGGAAAUGCCCGGCUGCUCUUGUCAUCAUCUGGAGAUGAGUUUUCUGUGGAGUUCCUCUGCAGAGCAAGCCAGAAUGUCCCCGAUGUCAUGGAGUGCACUCUGGCUGCUCAGGGUGUGAGCCGCAAAGUUAAAGAGAGGACAGAACUCCCAAAGCUCCAGACAGCUACAGCUGCUUUGGCCAGCAUCACUAAUACUAGUGCAAGCAUGAAUCGUGGCACUAGUGCCUCUGUGCAGUCCCCGGUCACUCUACUCAGAGAAGGGCCUGUCUAUACCUGGGUUGUGCAGAGUCAUUCCUCAUUUUCUCCCCCACCCCUGUGGUGUUAUCCCUUGUCCCUUGCCAUGAGCCGUAAGCGCUCAAUGCAAGGGGAGUUCUUGGAGGAGGCUCAGAAUCAGGAAGCCCUUCCUUGGGCAGAGACCACAUCACAAGCCCAGAGAUGUCACCUCCCUCGAGCUCUCCAGCUCCGGUGCUCCUCACCACAUCUGCACAGGUGGAGGUUCAGAGACUCAACCCACCAGGAGGAACUAGAAUAUGAAUGGCACAGCAAGCUGCCCAGGGUUGUGUGGAGCCAGGGCGUGCUGUACCGAGUCAGCAGUUCCUUGGUAACCACAAUAGAAGUCUUCCCUGGGGACGGCUCCGUUAUCCGCUGUAGUAGCACUGUACCGGAUUACUUUACCCAUCACAUCACUGGACCUGAUGGCCAGCGCAAGGAGAAAACAUACCUACUGAGCUGCCUCCCUCCAGAUGUGCCUGGCCAGCUGUACUCCGUCAGCUCAGUGGUGGCUCGAGCUGCAAGGAUCCUAAAGUGCUAUCACCAGAGCGCACUCUCACUGGUACUCCAUAGUUCCUGCUGCUGGCAGACAGAGGAGAGCGUAAAUGAAGAAUCUUUCGUUCUGAUCAAGGAGACUCAGAUCCCUGAUGUAGGACAUCUGAAGGCUUACUACAACGGAAAUGUCACACUUUCUUUUCUGGACAGGGUCACACUGCAGAUGAAGUGGAACUUCUAUACCAGCACAGGGACACAGGGGACAGACAGAACUGUUCGGGACCCUCAGAAGAUGCACUCUCCACAUGGUUGGUGCUGGAUUACCGGCUCUGAAGGACGACGUCAGUUAUUCCAUCUGCGGGCAGCUGGGCCUUACCAAAGGCACGUGCAGGCUGCCCAGCUGUGGUGCCGAUGGAUGGAGCAGACAAUGCAGAAUGAUGUGAGUCAGUCCACUUCACCGGAACAGAGCUGGUCUGUUGAUGAAGAACUUGAGAAGAUCCGAAGAUUUAAUUGUAUCCUGGAGCACAGUGGUCUUCUAAAGUCCCGCAGUGGGAGAGACAAUGAGGAAGAGAGACCGGUCCCUGAUCACAAUGCUCCCGUAACCUUUGUGGACUUCAGUGAGAGAAGCUUGGUGGAAACGCUACAGAGGACUUCAAAUAUCAUCAAGAGCAUCGAGUCCCUCCUGUCAAAUAGGGCCUUUAGCCACAGAGGAGUAUGACGAAGGAGCUGGGUGCUAAACAAGGCACAGAAGCACUUAGCUAAAGGUUAAUGGUUUAAGGGUUACAGCCCUUGCGUUUCAUAGGCUUGUCUUCAACAUUAUACAACAUUACACAGUUUACUGUCCACUCUAAAGAAAUGAUUCUAGUUUACAGUUUCAUUCUUCAAUGAUUCAGUUAGAAUAACUAGACUUUUACUGGGUUGAGGGGAACCCUGCAGCCACCAGCUAUGCUGAGUUGCAGUAUUGGCACUAUGUGAAAUUUGUAGUGACUUGUGUGUUUGUACAGAAGUAUAUUGAGUGUAACUGGAAUAUUUGUAUUACUAUGGUAUUUGAGAUAACAGGAAAGUAGAUUU